ACCCUACCAUACUGUUCUAAUCAGCUGUUUUUGUUUUGUUUUCACUUCAGCAUCAAUAAUAUUGAUAAUGGCCGGAAAACUCUAAAAAAUAAAUACAAGAAGUAAAUGUGAACCUUCUAAAAUAAGAAAAAUAAAUGCAUGAAGAGCUGAAAUGUCCAAGCUACCAAAAGCGGCCCUCAGUUUAAAGCAGUUUAUGCUGCGCCAAGAAGUCCUCAAACUCUACAGAGACAUCUUUAGAACGAUUCGACAAGUUCCAGACAAAAACAGCCAGUUGGAGCUCCGAGCCUGGGCACGGCAUGACUUUGAGACGAACCGCAACCAGAACGACGAGGUUGCCAUUAAGAUGCUCCUCCAGCACGGGAGGCGCAGCCUAACAGAGCUGAGAACCAGCCUCCAUUUGAGCGGUAUGAGCCAGGAGAAAUAAAAACAUAGGGUUUAGCUUAAUUUGAUUUUAUUUUUGAGCUCGACAGCCAUUCGAAAAUAAAUAAAAGUAGGACUAACGACUAUAA